GAAAUUAAGGGAGAGAAAAAUUAGAAUAAAUUACGGCAAAAGGCAAGGAUGGGAGAUUGAACAAGAGAUCUAGGUUUCUGUGCCGUGCAAGAACCUCCAAGCCUUCGAUUCCUUUCUCUCUCCUCUGAUUUUUCCAGCAUUGCACGUUAUCCGCAUGAAUUCCAUGAAUUUAUAUAUAUAUACAUCCGAUGAUGAAUUCCCGCUCGGAGCAAUCUGCGCCGGUUCCUUCUUCCUCCUCCUCCUCCUCAGAGCAUCCUCAUUUCUCCGACCGGCGGCUCUGAUUUUCCCGAACACGGUGGUGCUGUCCGGAGAGCUUGAAGUCGUCGGAGUUGGUCGUAAUCUUCGCUGGAAAUUUUCUAAAUCCCUCAUUUAAGCUUGAGUUGAACAAAAUAAAGAAUGAUGUGAUUG